AUCAUCAGAUCAUGAUUUCGACUUCACUUCUUCUAGUUGUGCUUCUCUUUGCCAUAUUGGCUAUCGUUGAUGCCCAGUGGGGAUAUGGUGGUCCAUAUGGUGGAUAUGGCGGUGGAUACGGUGGUGGACCAUGGGGAUACGGAGGUGGAUGGAGAAGAAGACACUGGGGAGGAUAUGGUGGAGGACCAUGGGGAGGAUAUGGAGGUGGACCAUGGGGAGGAUACUACGGAAAGUAAAUGCAAUGAUACCUCAACGAUCUUCUGCUCUUCAAUUGUACAUUUUAAAACAUACUGCUCUUUCUUGUCAUAGUAUUUAUUCAGUUCAGAAUGAAAGCAUUUCCAUUU